AUGAGGCUACAGUUUCUUCUCCCCCUGUCCUGUCCUGUCCUGUCCUGUCCCUCCGCAACUGGGAUCGCUGGCAAAUCUGGCGCACUCCCUGGAGCCGCUCCGACUGGACCCCGACCCUGCCUGGCUGCGUCGUUUCCUCGUGGUUUCGGGGCCACUGCUGGACGGUCACCGGAUGUCGGCUUCGGAGCUAACACAGCUCAGCUGGGCGGUGUUCAGCUUACGGCGGAGGCUGUGCCGGGUGCGCCAUUGGGCACAAGAGGGACCACCUCAAUCCGCACUCUCCGCCGUCGCCUUCAAAAGAAUCGUCAAGUACGGCAUUCGGUUCCAUACUGUACGGCAGCGGAGUACGGCAUGACUUUGGCUUCGGGGCAGGGCCCCCUAUGCCUCUUCUCGACUACCUGCCGCCGUUGUUGCAAGACGUGGCUGCGACAGCUGCUGCUGCCGCCGUACACGCCGUACACGCCGUCACCGUCACCGUCACCGUCACCUCCGCUUGAUCUUGCUGGGACAACAUCGACAGCUGUAGUCGCGUCAGCCGAUGUUGUACCACCAUACAAACCCCUCACGCCGCCAGCCACUGCUACCGCCACUACCACCGCCACCAUCAUCAGCAAGACGAAUCACGUCCAGACCUCCAACCCCCCAACCCCCCCAAACACCUCACCCCCUGCGACUUUUACCCCCGUUUACCUUGGGCAUUCUCCCAUUUCCGCCAAUGGCACGUGCGUCCACGGCGACGCACAUGUCAUUGACGCGCGAAGUUACGCCGGCGCGAGUGGCGGCGACGGCGGCGCCGACCCAUGGGUCAGUGACCGUGCUGCGGCCCUGCUGAUGGCUGUCGUGUCCGCCGACGGGCCACCACCACGGGGGCAUCUGGCCGCAUGGCUGCUUCAGCAACCGCCCUUAGUACUUCUCCUCACGCGGCUGUGGGUGGACGCCACAUCGCUGGUGGUGGUUCCCGGUGGUGCCGUUGGGGCAGCAGGCGUUACGGAGUUGGAUGGGCGUGGAAAGGAGGACGGGGAGGAGAGCAGUGCUGGCAGCGGCGGCGGCCGUCGCGGUAUCGGCUACGAACUGGACUUGGACGACGACGAUGACGAUGACGAGGGUUUGGAGGAGGAGGAGGAGGAGGAGGAGGAGGAGGCACCAGGAGCAGGAGCAGGAGCUCUAUUGGCGGUUCUGGAAGGCAACCCCCAACAGGACAAGGGGGUGAAGGGGGCGAAGGGGGUGAAAGUUCGCGGAAGCGCUGACUUGGACGCCUCCUCCUCCUCCUCCUCCUACAUCGCGAGGUAA